GUCGCUGUGGAUCUCUUGACUGCACAUGUAAACACCAGCUGUUUCACUCAGCUAGCUGCUCCGGCUACAUGCUGUCAAACAGGUUGCUUAGCCUGGUUAGCCAUGUACACACUUUUGGGGUAGAAUAUUGUCUGUACACUCGUAAGAAGGAGCCUGGCGACUUGUAUACGCUUAUAUGAAGAUGUGACUUCAACUAGAGAGAUGGACAAGGACUUUGACCACAAACACCAGAGGGGGUCGAGGAAACCGCCUGCAGAGCCCCACACAUCAGCAUCAGAGCAACCUCUGAUUCUACCAAACCCUUAUACCUCCGAUCAGAUUUCAAGAGGAAGCCAGUCAGGUCUGAGCCCAAAGCCAGCAGGAAGAGGAGGAGAUGCACCGAGGAGUCACGGCUACAGCAGCAGGCGCCCUGUUAGAGAGGCCAGUGAUAACUUACAGAGUGAUAGGACCAAACGGGAUCCCCAAGCAAAGACACCUCAAAACAAAAAGGACUCUCAAGGCAAAAUCAUGGGCAAGACCUCAGUGGACGUGCAGAAAAAAGGUUUUAAAGAUACAAGAUCUGCCCCAACCUCUGCUGGGAAGCCAAAACCAGCACAGACAAAUUCUGUCCCAUUUGAAGUGAAGAUGGCAGAUUUUCCAGAAUUGGGUGGUGUUUCAGUGGCCAAAGCAGCUCCUCCUGUUGCUCAGAAAGAGUGCUGGGGUCAAAGUCCUCCAUUCACAAGCUCCCAAACUCCAAAACUGGCAUCUUCUUGGAUGUCUGCCAGCAGAGGAACCCCUACCCUACCUGGUCCCCGGGUGUGUGCCACUGAUGCAAAGCCAGAAAUCCCAGUUAUCCAAGCAGUUCAACCGGUGGUGACGUCCUGGGCUAACAUUGCCUCUCAGCCUCCGAAGAAACUUGUUCCCAAUGACAUGACAAUCAGCUGUAACAGUAUGCAGAUUGAGAGCAUGGCUGCACAGGAGGAAGAGAUGGCUCCAGGGAAGAAAAAGCGAAAGAAAAAGAAGAAGGCGAAAAGUACCGGAGAAGGUGCAGGAGGUGGCUCGUCAGAGCCAGCGAUUUAUCAAGAGCCUCCAAAAUUUGAGGAUGAAGAGGAGUUCCCAGACUUGACUCUUGCUUUGUCAAAGACUGAAAGGUUAAUAACCAGCAGCAAUACAAAACUAUGCAAUGAGGAAAACCAAAGAGAAGGAAGUCAGCAUCAAUCUGCUGAUCAGAACCAGGGAAAAUCGCCCACAGCAAAGACACAACCCACUGAAACAGGAAAAAAAGGGCAGAAAAGCGAGAAAGCCUCUGGGAAAAAGAGCAAGGUUCCUAUGCAACUGGACAUCGGAAACAUGCUGGCCACCCUGGAAAAGAAGCAGCAGUCUCAGAAAACCAAGCAGGACGCUAAGCCAGUCAUUCUCACAGUUGGUGGAGGACUACCUGUCGUUCAGAAGCAAACAUCUGCCCAGAAGAAGCCUCUGUGGCAGCAGGAUAAAAUUGCACACAAUCCCCUGGAUUCAACUAGUCCUUUGGUGAAGAAAGGCAAGCAAAGAGAGGUGCCCAAAGCAAAGAAACCAACUCCUCUGAAGAAGGUCAUUUUGAAAGAGAGAGAGGAGAGGAAGCAGAGGCGUUUACUGGAGGAGAGAGGACUGCUGCCCGAAAGCGAGUAUAAACUUGCGAGUAACUGUACAGAAAAAGAGCAGUGUGACACAAACGCCACAGAUGAGGUUGGCUCUCCUGCAGAGGGACUUGAUGAAUUAAACGACAUGUGUCAGAUCGUGGAAGAAGCUGAAGAGACAGACAAAACUGAGACUAUACAGCAACAAAUCCCCUCACCUCAGUCAUACCCAGCACCUAAAAUCCACAGCAGAAAAUUCAGAGAUUAUUGCAGCCAGAUGCUGAGCAAAGAUGUGGAUGAGUGCGUGACGUUGCUGCUAAAGGAGCUGGUUCGGUUCCAGGACCGCCUGUACCAGAAGGACCCCAUGAAGGCCCGCAUGAAGAGGCGGAUUGUGAUGGGCCUUAGGGAGGUCCACAAGCACCUCAAACUCAGGAAGAUCAAGUGUGUCAUUAUCUCACCUAACUGUGAACGCAUCCAGGCCAAAGGUGGCCUGGAUGAGGCUCUCCACACAAUCAUCGAUACAUGUCGUGAGCAGGGUGUGCCGUUCAUAUUUGCACUCUCUAGAAAAGCUUUGGGACGCUGUGUCAACAAGGCCGUGCCUGUCAGCCUGGUCGGCAUCUUCAACUAUGAUGGUGCACAGGAUUAUUAUCAUAAGAUGAUUGAGCUGUCUUCUGAGGCCAGGGCAGCCUAUGAAGCAAUGGUGUCAAGCCUGGAGCAGAGAGACCAGGCAGAGGCAGAGCUUGAAACAAACACUGAAGAACCUGUGCCUGAUCCAGAUGUAAAAGAGCCAGAGGAACCACAAUACAUAAAAAUCUGGAAGAAAAUGUUGGAGAAGGAGUAUAACCACACAUUACUGGACUUUGAGGUGCAGCUGCAGUCCAUGCACCUGGACAAUGAAUGUACUGAAAACACUGAUGAUGAAGAGAGCUAACAGUUGUGAAGCCUUUUGUGCCUGAAAAAUGGAUCCCCUUGUUUCUCAAACUGGGGCUCACAGCUUUCCGGGACUUGUCAGUAUCAUGUUAGUGCUUAUUCCAAUUAUUUGUGAUUUCUUGUCAGGUAAAUCACCAACUUAGUAGGGCUGAACUUGAAGAGAUCCCACAAUAUGAAUUAUCAGCAGCUUCAUGACCCUGUGUGGAGGAUGUUAAGGGGAUGUAUGAUGAUUUAACACUGCAUUUUUUUUUCUUAAUAGUCAACUUCAGUUCAAAUGAUUUUGACAUUUUAGUGUCAUUUUACAUAAAGAAAUGAAAUUUUGACAUAGUGACAUUCCUUGACUCCAGUAAAAUUUGAAGGUUUUGAAUAAAGAGUUGUGUCAUCCUUUGUAAAUAUGUGGAGUAAGUUCAAGAUUGCAUAUUAAAAGAAUUAAUGGUUUAAAUUUACCAUGCUUUUGCCAUGACACUGAAGUGGCACAUUAAUUUAAAAAACAAUGAUAAACCAAUGUUUGUUCUUCUCCAAUUAAUGUUCACAUUCAUGUUCUAUAGCAUAUGCUGCAUACCAGUCUCUACAGCAUACUGUCUGUACACAAGAAAUAUAAAGCAACAUAAAGCAGUUUAUGUUAGAAGAUAUAUACAAUAAACAUUACUACUGUGACUUGUUUAUAGAGUGCACAUGGCACAGUCAUAAAUUAUUAUUUUUUUUAAUACAGACUUUUGUGACUUUCACACCGCUUAGAAUUAGUAUGUAGCAUAUGUAGCACAACCCUCGGUAGGGUUUAAAUCAAUUUGAUUUAAGAACUGAAGAAUCCACUUGGAACUGCUUAGACUUUCACUCACGUUAAUAAGUUUUAUUUUUACAUUUUCAAAAUUUUACACACAAAUACAAAUCUUUUCUACACAUUCGGUUCAGUUUUUGACAGGUUUCCACAGGAUAUUUCACAGGGAAAAAAACAAAUCCAUUAAACUGAGCUUUAUUAUUAACCAAGCUGGGAUUUUAAUAUCGAAUGCCUGACUGAUAUUACAUGGUUCUACAUUUUAGUUAUUACAUUUAAUGGCAACUACUACAAAAUAUUAGCAGGUAGCUCUUGACUUUUUAUUGCAAUAAAUAGGAAAAAGGAAAAUGAGAAUCCAACGUGCUAGGUGACAAUCACAGCAAUAAAUUGCAAUGGAGGGAGUGCAGAUUACUGUGACCUAAUUCUGACAUGUUUUCCAUUUAUGGAAAGUAGGUGUGAAGUUUUACAAAUAUUUUGUGUAGACGAAGCUUCAGAGUGGUCCAUCUUAUACAAGAUUGGAAUUGAGUUCAUGCAAAGUGGUUCUAAGAUCAUUAUCACGUUUGUGAUUUAUGUGAGGGAGAAAUGCAAAAAUAAAUUUCAUAAGAGACAUUUUCAAAUGUAACAAAAAUCAUUAUGUUGCUCUGGGGCUCAUACAUUUUAAAUUGUAUUGCAAGGAAACGUGUCGUGUGACACCCGUGUAAAAUGUGUGUUGUUUAAAAUUGUCUGUGCAUAUCUUAACAUGAAUGUUUAGUCUCAUUCAUUCAAUUUGUGUAUUGUUUGUGUAGAUUUAUUGUUUAAACCUAAAAAAAAAGUGGCCAUAAACCAACAAAUGUGUUUUAUUACAUUUGUUAUAAUCAAAUUAUACAGAUAAUAAAUAUUUAGUAAGCUCCAAAAAUGCUGAUAGGCAUGUAUUGCCACACUGUUGAGAUGCUUUUUUUUUUU